AUGGUCUUGCGAUCCAUUCUUCUUGCACCAAUACUGGCUACCGCCUCUGUAGGCAGCGUCAUCGAUCUCGAUAUCAAGGUAGACCUGGGCACCCCCGGUGGCCCUUAUGAUCUGCUCUAUGACACCGGGUCAACGGACCUCUGGGUGCUGGACGGCAAGUGUACCGAUGACAAAUGUCCCAACGUGAGCGGAUACUUCCGCCACACGUACAACCUCACAUCUACAGGCAAGAGCCUAGGUCUCAAUGGCUCCAUCGAAUACAGCGGAGGUACCGUUGAGGGCUACAGCGUGUCCGACAUCCUCAGCAUCCCGGGAACCAACGUCUCCUAUCAGCAGUCCUUCCUCGUCGCCACCGACAGCACCUGGGCUGCGCUGGGCGCCGACGGAUUCCUGGGUCUCGGCUCCUCAACGAUCGCGAUCAACAACGCGACCGCCCCCUUCGAGCAGAUGAUGCAGGACGGACUGCUGGACCAGCCCCGGUUCGCUAUCUACGCGGGCAAGGGCGUCUCCACCACAUCCGAGCCCAACCCCGAGAACAACGGCGUCUUCACGCUAGGUGGAAGCCACGAGGACAUCUACGCCGACGGCGAGCUGCAGUGGCUCCAGACCGAGUCGCCCUUUAAGAUCUUCAAGACGGGCCUGUACGGCAUGCAGGGCCACAACACCACCAGCGACGGGAAGAAUCAGUCCAGUGAGCUACUCAACUGGUACGGCACUGCCAUCUUCGAUACUGGAGCCUCCUCGAUCGAAAUCCCCGAACAAUACAUCGACGAGGUCUACGCGAUGACUCCAUUCAAGUACUCGGAUCUCCUCAACGGGUACCGGCCACUGUGUUCCGAGUUCAACAAGACCUGGUCUGUCUCCUUCACCAUUGGAUUCUAUGGCGAGGCGCCCACCUUCACUCUCACCGGUGACCAGUUGGCGGUGCCCGGCUACCAGGACGAUGACCACUGCUUCCCUCCGUUCAACGCCUGGAACAGCUUCAACACGAUCUUCGGGCAGCAAUGGAUGCAGAACUUCUACAUGGUCUAUGACUUUGGGUCGUUUGAGCCUGAGUCGUAUAACAUCCGCUUGGGGAUUGCGCCGUUAAAGAAGGAGUAUCGUCAUCGGGUUUGAGUUGCGCGGAGGUUGCGCGGAAAAUACUAGGUAUAAUGAAAAGGCCGAUUCUCCGAUGAUCUUGG